AUGUCUCCCUUGGAUGGCAAUGCGUGGGCCAUCAAGAAGGCCCGUGAAAAAGCACUGCAAGAGCAACAAGGAAACGGCGAUAGCAGAACUAGCACAGAGACUGCAAAAGUCAACCAAAUAGCCACCUCAAUAAAGACUUCCAUCACUACCACGUUCACUGGCACCACGCUCGCAUCGUCGUUGAAAAAGCCGAGCAACUUUGGGAAGCUGAACCUUGACGGCGAGCUCGCCAUCCCCAUGCCCAAACCCAAGCGUGUUCGCAUCUCCGAUGAAGCACCGUCCAUCUCGUUUCCGAGCACCCCAGGCACAGACGACGAGCCAUUUACCCCGAAGGCGAAACGUUCUUUCACUGACCCCAUUCGACGUUUCAAGAAAUCCGAGAAGGCAAAGGGCGAUCCUGGGCCCGAGUUCAGUUACUGGGAGCCCGAAGAUAGGCAAACUGUCCUGCAGAUGGUGCGCGCCAAGAUACUGCGGUCCAAACUGUCCUUCAAAGACUUACACUUGCUGGGACACAAACCACCUGCCGACCCCUCGCACUGGGUCAGAGUGGAAGAUUAUCUCGACGAGGUCAGCCCCGGAUGGCGCAAAGAUAUCGAGGAGGGAAUCGCAAAGGCGAAUGGGACCUGGCGUCCUCCACCUGAGGUGAAGACUCCACCGAACCCCAAAUAUCCCAAUCUGGGUAUCUGGAGAGCUCAAUACCCCAAAAACCACAAACCGUGCACAUGGACAGGCCCCACUCGUGAGAGUAAUCCCUCCACCUUGCAAUCAUCAUCUGGUGGUAUCGACGGCAGCCCGCAGGCCGAACAGUCUCACGUGGAUAGUAGUCAAAGUAUGACCGGCCAGGCUGCUGAAUAUGUACCGCCGAUGAUCAAUAAGCCGAGUGAACGAUAUCAGGUAGUUACCACCCAGCAACACAGAACCAGCACGGUUGCUCAGUACAAGCCCGUGGUAGUCGAUGGGUCAAUCAACGUGUCCGCCCACCAGUUCAAGGUGGUAAGCAUUUGCGAUCCUGAGCCCAGUAAGCCGGCUGAGUACAAAUCGCUCGUCAUUGAUGGAUCGAAGGCAAUGAAUGGCCGUCAUUCCAGAAACACUUCAGCUGCAACAAAUCGACAGAACCCCUGCGACAAGUCCGAGUAUAAACCACUCGUCGUUGAUGGGUCGAAGAGAAUGAACGGUCAUCAUUCCAGAAACACUUCAGUUGCAACGAUUCGACAAUCUGAAAGCGACAAGCGUGAAUACAAGCCGCUCAUCAUUGACGGGUCGAAGAGAGCUUCCGUCCUCCCGUCCAGUGAAGGAAUCGAAGCCAAGACUCGACAGCGUCAGUCCACGAGGCUUGAAUAUGAGUCGCUCAUCAUCGACGGGUCGAAAGGAGUUGCAGUGCGUCCCUCAAGUUGCGAGCCUGCGCAAUCCUACUCGCCUUCAUUAUACGGAAUCUCACGUGCAUCCUCUCCUUUCGAAUUGGACCUCAGAGAUCUUGAACACCCACAAAGUCACACUGAGACAGAGGCAUGUCGUACUCGCCAGCCGGUACGAUACAGUGUGUUGAGCCCUCACAUUGCGCUCGCCGAGGAUGAUUCCACGGCAGCUUCAGACACUUCAUUGUACCCAAACCCGCUAUUUGGUGGUCAAGGAAGCGAGUACUUCGGCAUGCAAAUACAGGACUGUCAUGACCCCGACAUCGUCACUCGCGGUGGUUACGCCCCUGCCCCGCCAGAUCCCCAGUACCAGAACACAGUGUCGAUAGGAAACCAGCUCGCCUCGCACAUGGCGGAAAUGCAUUAUCAUGUCGAUAAGGCUGCCAGUAGACUCAACAAGUCGUUCGAAGAUAACAAGAACUGGAACCUGGACCGUAUGAUGAAGCAGGUGGAUGAGAUGUCAGACAUCGCUCGGUUGAUCAACUCUAAGACGAUCAUGCAGGCUGAGAUACUCAGUCAAACUCAGCGGAUGGUGAAGGACAUGAACGCACAGGUAGAUUCCGUGCGACAAGAAGUGCGGGCCAUGGAGUCCAGGCUCAGUACCCUGGUUCGUGAUGAGGUUCGGAAGUUGACAAUGGAGAUACACGGUCUAAAGAUCAACACUGACGGUCCCCACAGCCCAGUACAGGAAGGAAAACCCUGUACUGGGCUGCAGGGCCCAGAUGAUGUCAAAUCUGGUCUUAGCGAGUCAAGAAGAGGUUCGAUGAGAAGAAGGGCUCGUCUUAGUGGGAGAAGUGUGUUGAAGUUGGAGUUGCAAGCGACAAAGCCAACAAUUAGGGAGGAGAAGCAGGAGGGAGAGAAGCAGGAGGAGGGAAAAAAUGAGGAAGAGUUUCAGGAGAGAAAGCAGGACGAGGGGAAGCAAAAGGAAAGCUUGACCGUGUUAGGAAGCGCAGAGCCUGUGAAUAUCGGCACAGCGACACGAACCAGCAGCCAGGAGAUUCCGCGGCUUUCCGGAGACCUGCUUGUCGAGAAAGUGAGUGAAUGCACUCUGGAGAAGCGUGUUAAACGGGAUGUGGUGCAGGAGUCAAACAAAGCGUUGGCUAGUUCUCCUUCCACCGGUCAUUCCAACGGCGAAGCCGUGAACCCUGCCGACUAUCCCAAUCUGGAACCUCACAUUGCCGCAACAAUGAGACGACCGGACCUUAAAGAGAUCUGGGGGUUUGCUCGUUCUCGCAAUGCUGACGCCAAUGCUACUACGGAGAGCAACGCACUUAAGCGCAGGCCUCAGAUCAAGAUAAAGACUGAGCCAGCUGCGAAGGACGUCAAAUCUGACCAUUCGGCAACGCCUGUGCAAGAAGCUUCUCCAUCACCUUCUGCACAAGGGAUCCCUCCAUCUCCGCCUGCGCAAGAGACACCCCCAACCCCGUCUGCGCCAAAAACUCCUUCAUCAGCACAUUCUCGACAAACUCUUAUCAAAGAUCCGCGAGACAUCCACCCAGCACUCCGCAGCUCUGGCGAGCGUCAACUUGUUCAGGCCAUUGAUGAACACAUGAAGAUCAACCCUCUUGCUCAUUGGGAGGACAUCAUGCAGAUGGGCGAGAACCUUCCUCGCCCGGAUUCGCACAGCCCAAUCGAUGAUCCGAAUGUUGUCGGCGGCAGUAAAUUCGGGAACCAGUACCUCAAAGCAAUUGAGAGACUUCGUGCAGAAAACGCUACUCGUCCAGAGCCCCUCAGCGCCCCGCCGGUGCUUGACACAGAUCACUCUCGGACUGGAGCAGAUGUGAUGACGCCUGCUGCUCUCUAUUACUCGGAAAAGUGGACCUCAAGCAGAUACCACAGUUAUCUGACCGACUACCCUCCAGGCCUGAAAGCCAAGUUGCAGCAGGGACCCAGACCGAGCAAAAGCGCCAGACUCCUGGAUCUGGACUACAGCCCUGAGGUCAUGGAGUACGGGUCCAAAGUUCACACACCGACGGGCGACUUGAGGGAACUGGAGACCGAACCAAAGGGGCCGCCUUCCAGCGUCAAGACAACGAGAAGCGCCCCAGAGAAGAUAGAGAGCGCACCUCCAGCACCCAAUCUCAGGGCCACGAAGAGUGUUCUGGAGAAGAAAAAAAGGUUCUCUCCUAAAGCACCCAGCCUCAAAGCCAAGAAAAGCGUCCCGGAGAAGCUGAAGAUCACACCUGAAGCAUCCAGGGUUACGCCCACGCCGGCCUUCACAGAGAGGAAGGAAAUCGCACCGCCAUUACCCCAUGCAAACAAGGCUCCGGUGGGCAUGAUGGAGAGACGAGAAGUUACACCCACAACGCGCAAGAUCGAACGGACCCCGUCGGGCCGAUGGGAGCGGAUGGACGUCGCCACCACCUUCCGGAGCUACUGCGAUCCCCACGGCAUCGCCGAUGUCAUCCCUGACUAUCGUCCGGGCAUGUUUGACAACGAUCCGUACGCGGUUAUCACUGCGCCCAAGCCUCCCAGGAUGCCCGUGGAGCUUCCGCCGCCAAAGGACCUGCCUCCCUUCCUGCAGGCUUACCACGAUGGCCUUGUCAAGACGGAGGACGCACCCCACAUGGAUCAGGCUAGAGGCAAGCGUAACCGCGAUGCAUCUAUCUAUGUGCCCGAAGACGAUGAUUUGGUCUGA